AUGUCUCAAGAACAGCCAGUACAGAAUAUAGAGGAAGAUGGUGCUCCAAAAUUGCACUCAUUCUCCACAAGUCAACCUACUGAUGAAGUUGAUGAUGCUAAUAAAACUACAGAUGCUAAUGAAACCCCAGAACCACAAGAUGUUGAAACUUCCAAUUCAAAUGAAACAGAAAUCACAGAAGAGAGUGCAACCAAAACUAAGAGAAGAUCAGACUCUACAAAUGAUUUGAAUGUGAUUGAUAUAGAUCCAGAAGAAGAAGAAGAAUCUUCAGGUACAACAGUUUUACAACUUUCCAAGAUUAAAAAAAUCUUCAAGACUGAUCCAGAACAUGUUUCAGCUUCAGAAGCUGCUGUUUUCUCCACUGCUAUUGCUACUGAAUUAUUCAUUCAAUAUUUUACAGAACAAGCUUCACUAAUAGCAAGAUCUGAAAAACGUAAAAAAUUACAAUAUAAAGAUUUUUCAUCUGCUGUAUCGAAUAUUGAACAAUUAAAUUUCUUAAGUGAUACAGUACCAAAAACUGCUAAUUUGAAGAAGUUAGUUGAUCAAAAUAAAGUUAAUUAUUCUUCGAAAACUCCAUUAGAAAAAGGUCAACAAACUUUAGUAUUUGGUGGUAAUAAACAAAAAGAUCAAGAUUCAAGAAAAACUAGUAUUGAUGAAGAAGAAUUACCUGAAAGUGAUCCAGAAGAAGUCCCAUAUGAUAACGGUGAAGAUUAUGAUGAUGGUGAAGAUAAAGAGAAAUCAAGAGAUGAAGAAGAUAAUAAUACUGAAGAUGAAGGUGAACAACCUGAUUUGUCACCUGGUCAAGUUUUAGAUAAAGAUAGAGAUGUUGUAAUGACAGAAUAA